AUGGACAACCCUGGCUGUGUCCCAGACAUCUCGCGGCCGGCGUUGCCCCUCCUGCACGGCCAGUUUGCCAGGUCUCUCUCGAGCACGCAAUCCAUAGCAUCAGCAUUCGGUCCAGGAACUUCGACGCCGAGCUCAUGGAAAGCCAGCAACUGGCUUCGAGGCACACCCGAUACCUCUCCACCGAGUUCCGGGGCGGGCUCGCCCGAGCUCAAGCCCAAACCACCGCCCGAGGAUUGCGGCGUCUCCCCAGUGUUGGAAUCGCUGGGAGCCCCUGAAGUUGACGAACGAGUCAAGAAUAUUUGCUUCGUUGGUGCCGGCUUUGUUGGUGGGCCAACGGCGGCAGUGAUAGCCUACCACAACCCGGAGAUACGGGUCAACGUGGUUGACUUGAACGAACAACGUGUUGCGGCCUGGAAUUCCGCCCAUCUCCCCAUUCACGAAGACGGCCUCCUCGGAGUUGUACGUCUAGCCAGGGAUGGCACGCUCAGUGUGUCGAUCUCCUCGCCCGAGCUUGAGCAUCCUGUUGAACUCGCAGCUCGUCAGCCAAAUUUGGUCUUCUCAACGGACGUCGUUCGAGCAAUCAGGGAAGCCGAUAUUGUCUUCAUUUGCGUCAACACGCCAACCAAGCUGCACGGUCUGGGUGCUGGAUCGAUGGCCGACGUCAGUGCCAUCGAAAGCGCCUCACGGACCGUCGCACAGAAUGCCAGAAAAGGGACGAUCAUCGUGGAGAAGAGCACUGUUCCGUGCGGCACGGCCCGCAUGAUUCAAGACACUCUUUGCUAUCAUCGGCCGGACGAAACUUUCGAGGUUCUUUCCAACCCCGAGUUUUUAUCCGAGGGCACGGCUGUGGAGAACCUCAUGAAUCCAGACCGUAUUCUAAUCGGCAGUGCUCAGACACUGUCUGGAUUUCGUGCCGCUGCCGUUCUCGGGGAUCUGUACGCAGCAUGGGUGCCGCCCGAGCGCAUCGUGACGGUGAACACGUUCAGCAGCGAGCUUGCUAAGCUGGUUGCUAACACCAUGCUGGCACAGCGGAUAAGCAGCAUCAAUGCCGUGAGCGCUAUUUGCGAAGAAAUUGGGCACGGCGCCGACGUGGACGAUGUCAGUCUCGCUAUCGGGAAAGACGCGAGGCUGGGCCCAAAGUUCUUACAGGCAGGCAUUGGCUUCGGAGGCUCCUGCUUUGAGAAGGACAUCCUCAACCUGGCCUACCUUGCGCGAGAGCUCCACCUCGACGUCGUGGCUGACUACUGGCUAGGAGUGUUGAGGAUAAACGAGUACCAGCGACAGCGUUUUGCUCGUAAAGUUGUGCACGAGCUUAACGGUUCACUUCGCGGAAAGAAGAUCGCUGUGCUGGGGUUCGCCUUCAAGGAUGGGACCAAUGACACCCGAAAUAGCAUUGCUAUACACAUCAUCAAAGACUUUGCCGAGGAGAUGCCCCAAGAGGUCGCUAUAUUUGACCCGGGGUGCAGUUCGGCUGAGAUUAUGGACGAGGUUCGUAACGCUGGGCUAGGCCCGAGUCAGGCCGAGAGCAUCAAGAUCUGCUCCAACUGGAGAGAAUCUGUUCAAGGGGCUAGCGUUGUGUGUGUCCUGACGCAGUGGAAACACUUCCGCGGCUGUCGAAUUGGCGGCCCCCAAGAGCCAUUUGCUGCCGACUCGAACGCAAUCAAUGAGUCUCUUGUUCGAGUCCUUCAGAGCAACACCACAGCAAUCACUGAGAUGCAAAUCAGGGGCCUGGAGGCGACACUCAGGGGGAGGGAGGUGUCGACCUUGCCCGAAGACCCGCUAGGAAGACUCAAACCGAUGUCUGAAUGCCCCAAAGAUUGCACGUCUUGUAGGUCAGAUGCUGGAACCAUACACGAUGCUGAUGCAGUGGACUGGGUUGAGGUUGCAGCCAUGAUGAAAGAACCGCGAUGGGUUUUCGACGGCCGCAAUGUUGUCAACCCCAUAGAACUUCAAGGGCUUGGUUUCAGGGUUCGUGGGAUUGGAAAGGGGCCUUGGGUAACAUAG